ACUCAAGAGCAGGCCCACAGAAAGAGCUGCAGUUCAGAGUCCAAGCCGUAUAAGCUCGGUGACUUAUUGACUAUUGAAAAUGUUUGUAUUUCUUUAUCUAGCUAGAUGUUAACGUUAGUGUAUGCCAACGUCUUUUCAAAUGUACUAACGUUAGCUUAAAGUUUCUCAUCCGCUCAAGUUAACGUAAAGUCAGGUCACAAGCUAGCUAGCUUUUGUGUUAAUUAGCUAGCUAGCUAGCUACGAACUAUUAAUCCACGACUGACAGCUUGUGAAUAAGUUGUUUAAUGUCAGUAUUUAGCUAGCUAUUGUGCUAGUGUGUUUAGGCUAACAACAAGUACAACACGUUAGUUCAUUUUAUUAACGUCAACGUUAAUUGUUUGGGCAAAUAGCCAGCUAAGCUUCCAGGGCACACACAGUUAGAAGUCGGUUAACGUAACAGUACUUUAGCCAGCUACCUACCUAACGUUAGCUAUAUAACGGUAGUCUGUUCUGGUGUAAAUAUAAGACAAGUAAUAUUUUUCCUGAUCUCCAUCACAUCUCUAGAGUGGAGAAUGUCAUCCUUUUUAUCUUGUAAAACCCUUGUAUCACCAUCGUCCAAAGAAAACUGUGACCCUGUUGGGGUAAUUUUGAGCCAAAGUGGGUGUUUGACACAUGAUCAUGGGCAGAUGUUGGUACCUGAGCUGGGUCUAAUGGAGAUGUCAGAGUUUGAAUAUACACACCUUCAGCACCUUAUCCAGGCACACAUGGAUGCACACGUUGCCCCGCCAGAUGCCAGAUCUCACCCUGCUACAGUGAUGGUUAAAGACGACACUGGAUCCACAAUGGUUUCACCCUUCAUGACCGCUCAAGCUAUUGACCUAUCAACUUCAACUGAUGAUCACUGUCUGGUGAUGCCAGGAGAAAAGACUCCAGUUUCUUAUGGAGAGGUCCCGGGUUUUGUGCUAGCCAAAAUCAGAAGUGAAAACAGCCCAACUGAACCACACACCAACGACAGCACCUCUUCACAGAAGCGAUCGGCUGCUAGAGUUUGCUUGGAGAAAAGGUUUAACUCCAUGUCUGCUGACACCCCAAGACAGCAAGAUAUUCAGUCUGCAGUUGUCAGCAAUUUUUUGACGAUACUUCAGCAUUCUGCAGAGGCUCAAGAGGCAGUUAUACACCCUCAGAUGCAUAAGUGGAUGAAAGCUGACCGAGCAAACUCUUUUGAGGUUUCCAGCCCAUUUGUAGGGGGUGUAUUUAACCCAGCCACCAACAUGUGUGACCAAGUGAUUGGCCAUAUUCCUCACAUGGUUGAACCUAACAAGCACCAGGGAUUAAUCAUCCCCAAGAGUUUUUCAUUUAAUUUCCGCCCAGAGAGGGAUGUCAAAGCUCAAUAUACGAGUGGCAGCAACUCAACAGAGAAGCAGCAGUUGACGAACAUAGAAAGUGAUGCAGUGACAGUCGCUGCCUUCAGAAAACAUGGUAGCACCCAUAGCUCUCAAUCCAUCAUGGUUGCUUUGACUGCCCCAGACUCCGCUGGAGAAUCAGGGAGCAGCACCAGGAAAAGAGUUCGAUCUCACAUGUCACUUAUCCAGCGCAGGGAGAAACACAACUGUAAAGAGAGGGAACGCAGGAAGAGGAUUCGUUUGUACUGUGAUGAGCUGAACUUGCUAGUGCCAUUCUGUAAUUCGGAUACAGACAAAGUCACCACCUUGCAGUGGACCACUGCCUUCCUCGGAUACAUAAAAAAAACGUAUGGAGACACCCUCAGAGAGGAGUUUCAGAAGGUAUUUACUGAUGGGAAAGGACACUUUCUUAAAUCCAGCCCUUCUUCAGGCCAGAACCCAAUCCAGCGGGAGAUGGACGAGACACUGAGCAUUCCUCUUGGGGUAGAGCAAUGACCCUCUCACUACUUUAUCCAAUACAUCAGCCAGAUAUUUGAGUACGUUUUAAUUUAAAAUUCAAGCUUGGGUUGUCCCAUGAGGUCUGGCCAUGGGUUAGGUCAAUUUGUUGUAUUUUUAAAUGACAAAAAGUGCCCUUUCGAGAGGAACUCUGCUUCUGACUACAUUAAUAAGAUUUAGAAAUUGGAAGGAUUCUAGUCUCAGACCAUGUGAUGCAAAAAAUGACCAGUUUUCUUCAGCUGCAUUUCAAAACCACACAUUAUCAGGCUAGUGUUGGAAGCACCAUGCAAUUUAUUCUAAGGCUAAUAUAUUAUUCCCCCCCCUUGAGAAAAAUUGACUUUUUUAUACACAGAUGGCACUGUUUCCCUUUUGAAAACAGCUGAGAUAGUGCUAUAAUUAUAAGAUUUUAACUCGAUCAUACAUACAUUUAGGUAAUUCUUAUAUGUUCAGCUUUUAUAUGCUUAAUUCAAAGUUUCACUCUUCACGUUUUUUAAACAGAAAAAAUGUUCAAACCGUUCAGUUCAAUUUUGUUGUCCACAAACAUUUAUUCUUUAAUCAUAUCUGUAAAUUGAUUUAAAUACUUGAAUUUUGCAUACAAAUAAGUCUUGCUACCUUGUGAAUUAAUGGGAUUACUUGACUUUCAUGGUGUCAAGCAUAUUACUCUGACAUACAGACUGUUCAUUUGACAUGUUGAUAUGUAGAGAAGAGUAAUGUUUUACUGAAAAGUGGCUUUAUUUGUUCUUUCUUACAACAUGUCGCUGUAGCAUCUUACUGUACAUACAACAGUCACCCACAAAUAAUAAAUAGUAUUUAAGCACUGGUAGUACAUAGUGGAUGUGGUCAUUGUAGAUUUUU